ACAUUCGAAACGAGUUAGGCAUAUGCGAGUCACUUACUGAUUUGCGAGCCAGGCCGUGCGGGGAAACAGGCCGCAUAGGAUAGUAUCCUAGAAAACAUCUCGAAUUAGGGUUAUCGAAAAUACCAAAGUCGGAGAAGAUACACACAGGGAGCUUUACCACCGCUCAUCCAAAAACACCAUCAAUUUGAGGCCUGUCUGGUCCAACGACUACUGUAAACGAGAAUAUGACAGGCCCCAGGGUGCUUCCAAAAGUAAGGAAAUGGGAGAGGCUCCUGAACUAGACAUCGUCAUGAUUUGAGGGAGAAAGAUGGUGGACUUAGUGAGAAUGUCGGAGUCUUGCUUAAGUUUGUGCAAUCGAUCAUUUCAUAUACGCUUACCAAGUCAAAAGCAGCACGAACGAGUAAUUCACGUCAUGUUGAUUGAUUAAUAUGUCUGCAAAUGUGCAAGACAUCGACAAAAUGCGACCGGCAGAACACUGCAUCAAGUCCAACUCUAACAAUCCACAGGCGAGUCAGUUGUCCCCAACACCAGCACCAACGCCCCCACCCACAGCCACGACAUCAACUCCCACCUCCGGCACCACUCCUACCGGAACACCGCUACUCUCCUCAUCGUCAUCCCCCAAGUUCACCCUCAAAGCCCCACUUCUACCCCUCAGCAGCGACGUCGCUCUCACCUUCACGCCCAGGAACUACGCUCACGUACCACUUUGUCACGCCACACCUCGCAUUGCUGGCACUCCUUCCGACGAUGGUGUAUUAUAUGCGCAGGGAUUUAGUGGAGUGGAAUGUUGUGUGGUUUAG